AUGAUUUGCCUGUCCUUUUGGCAUGCUUCACUCUGUAAUUCGACACGAUUCUGAUACGAACCAGUUAUAUUUCAGGUAUUCAAGGGCAAAACGAAAGGCAAAACGAAGGGCAAAACGCGCAAAAUAUAAUAAACUAUUGAAAAGGCAAAACGCGCAAAAUAAAAUAAAACUAUUGAAAAUAAAAUAUAAACCCGUUUUCUUGUAUUAAAACCUCAUUGCUCAGCGUAAAACGCAGUGAGAAAGUUAGUCAGCGGCCAGCUACAAUAUCCCAGAGAUCCUGGAUCAGAAGCUUUUCUAUUCAUUUUCGGUUUUUUUGAAAUUAAUAUUGGCAAGGUGGUAUUAAUUUGAUCAGUUCUGAUUAGUACCAGUUAUAGCUUGAAGAGUUCUGAUUCGGGCAGUUCUGAUUCGUGGCAGCACCGAAAAAGGCUGGUGAAGCGUGCCGCCGGCCGGCAGUUCACGGGACGAGGGCCGAAAGUUCUUCUUCUCUCCACGGCGCCCACAGUAAUGCUUUUUUUAAUUCUAGCAAAUUCGAAAGUUUAGGUGCAAUAUUGACGUCGUUAAAAACAGAUUACGUGCCGGACGAGCGGGAACUAUUACGUGGCUUCAUCAUCAGAUACGGGAGCAGUCGGUUUCGAUGCAACGUGAGUAGGCGCUGGGGAGUGCGUGCCGGCCGAGCGGCCGACUCUUUUCCUCAAAAAUAAAUUCCACGCCAUCAUUUUUUCAGUCCACCAUUCCAUUCCCAGUCGAUGGAUUGCCCUCAAUUCUCAACCUUUUCGAGUUGAACGUCAUCGGAAACGUCCUGUUCCGCUACGCAACAUGUAUUCCUAUUGUCAUUCGUAUUUUUCAUGCAAUUACGCUCAGGUAAUUUUUGUUUGGCUCCAUUUAGGGAUGCAAAACAGGCGAUAUUGAGUUGAAAAACAGGCGCUUUUUCCGCAUCCCUACCUAUUAAUACAUUUAAUAUUGUGCACACUUCAGAAACUUACUGCGCCACGAAUACUCAUCGAAAUUUUCGAAUCUGCACAAAGUGAUGGCCGACUCGAUGCCGGUUUUCACGGCGCUCGAGACCCUCGCCCUCGGACUCUUCAGCAUUGUCACCGUGCACGAAGACUUCCCCGAGGCGAAUCGCUUCUUUAAAAUCGUGUUCGCAAUGGCUUCCGUCGUCAAUAUGCUCGCCACCACCAUCGUAAUGUUCGCAUUUUCGUCGGACACCGGCAGUGUGAGUUCGGAUGAGUAUACCGUAAUUCUAUGAUUAACUUCAGGCGCUGGACUCGGGCUCUAUCGGAAUAAAGCUGUUGUGUCUGUUCGUUUACGCGUAUUUCAUGCCUCAAUACAUUCAGUUCCAUCAGUCUUCCAUCACUUUCCCCAUCUGCCAUUCCUACAGUAAGCUCUAGCUUUUUUAUAAUUCUCGAUAAACUAUCGACAAAACAAAAUGUUCGGCAUUACGUUUUCGUCCGCAAAUUUUUACAAAAAAUUAUCAAAGUAUCACCAAGAGUAUCACCAAACUGUGGACAUGUGUCGAUAAAACGUUCUGAUUUUCAAAAACUUUUCGACAGUUAUUUCUGUACAUUUUAAUGUAACUUUUGAAAACUUAAUCGGGCAGAUAUCUGAGCUGCCAGUGGAGAUAUCGAAAAGUUAUCAGCUGAUUAAUUGUUCAUUACGACGCCUCUGUACAUUUCACUAAUUGACACCUUUUUGAUAUCUCUAGCGGCGAGUGAGAUACAUUGUUUUGAAUAAGCGAUAUUUGGAUGUUCUUCUAUUGCGCUAAGUCAAUCGAUUUUUUUUCCAGUGCCGUGGUUGUUCGCAAUGAUGGAGUACUCGAUCAUCGUGGCGUACGCCCUGUUCCACCUCACCUUCCUCGUCGACAUCCGUCACGUUUCGUUCGUCUGCUUCCCGCGGUCCUCCAGCGGCGAGUGCGAGCCCAUCGAUCCGCUAAACUACCGAAAGGGCGCCAAGUACGAACAUUGCCGAGCGUUCGAGUACAAUCAGAGACGCAUUCAGAGCCUCUAG